AGGUGGACUCCGAAAGCCCUCAUAGGAGGCGAGCCUCUUCCUGUGGCGGCCACACACCAGCACAGCCCGUGGAGGAGCUGCCUCUUCUUCUUCUCCUUCUUCUUCUUCCUCUCUCCCAUCCCCAGCACUGUCUGGCCCGGCAAGAUGAAGUGGAGGAGGAUUGCCAUCCUUGCCAGCCUGCAGGCCCAGCUCCCAGCCACAGAUGCUGCAUCAGUUCUUGGCCUCACAGAUCCCAGGCUCUGCUACGUGCUGGAUGGAUUCCUCUUCAUUUAUGCAGUGAUCAUGACAGCCCUUUUUGUGAAGGCAAAGCUCAGCCAGGCCUCUGAACCACAGCUGCGAGCAGGCCAGGAUGACGUGUACAACAAGCUCUCCCGCGGGCACCGAGACGAUUACGAUGUGCUGGGAGGAAAGCGAGGAGCAGACCCCGAGCUGGGCGGGAGACACCAGCAGAGAAGAAAGAACCCUCAGGACACUGUCUACACUUCACUGCAGAAGGACAAGAUGGGUGAGGCAUACAGUGAGAUUGGAAUGAAGGGAGAGCAGCAGAGGCGGCGAGGCAAAGGCAAUGAAGGUCUCUACCAGGUAGGCACCACCUCCCACGGCUGCUCCCUCACCUGUGGUGGGAUAUCCCAUGGCACUGUCGGGGAGGCACGGAGAAGUGAAAGGAAGUUUCCCAAGCAGGCACCAGGUGUCACACUAACUCCUCCCUCCUGGAAGCCCCAGCUACCCCUGCUCUGGGAUCCACACCACAGGGCACAGCUGCCUCACCCGAGCAGGCUGCCAGGGAAAGGACUGGGCAUCACUGUCAGGCUGUCAGGGGAUGCUUCCUGAUGCACCUAUUUCCCUUCCAAAUCAAAGAGGAGAAGGCCAGAGAACAAAGUUCAUGAUUUGAUGUCUGUUCAUUUAAUUAUCGAUGCUCAUUCUAGCAUCAGUUAGCUUUUAAUAACACACAAACAAAAUGUACUCCAAAGAUCUGCAGAACCAGUUAGGAUGAUUUACUGUGGUCACAUUUUCAUAACCAUUAUUCAGGAUGUACCUUGCCUUCAGGUAAGAGCUAUUUGCACCACACGAAGACUAAAGAAUCACUCAGGAGUAAAAACCUCUGUAGAGGAAAAAAGAAAUCAGACUUACACUCCUGACUGAGCCCCUGCCAUCCUGCUGCUGCCAGGAAGAAGGAAGCACUCACGCUCAUCCCUCACCUGUUUCUCUGGUUUCUCUUUUUCAGGGGCUCAGUGCAGCAACCAAGGACACUUACGAUGCUCUCCAAAUGCAGCCUUUGCCCCCCCGCUAAGGGGGAGCCUCAGAGGGGAUGGGCAGGAGUGAGAGAUGCCCACCUGCCUUGGGGAGGAGAGGGGGAAAAGCCUUUUCCAUCCAACACAAGCACUGUGUGUUUUCUGUGUGCAAGAGCCGCCAUGGGCUGGUGCACAGAAUCUGGACCUGGCCUUUUCCUUCUCUCCUCCUGAAUUAUGUAACUGCUUCUGCUGUUAGAAUGUACAUAUCUGUAAAGUUGUGUCCAAAUAUAGUGGGUAUUAGGCUGAUUUUUUUUUUUUGGUCAGGUUUGUGUUGUUGGUACCAGACUAUAUCUUCUAACAAACACGGUUAUUUCCAUAGGUCUUCCUUGUCUUCCAGAGUAUUAAGACAUGGAAUUAUGGCUGUAUUACAUUUAAACAAUUUGCAAAGAUUUACUGUAUUACUUCCUGUAGUAUUUAUCUUAAGACUAUUUCACCCCUUUUUGCUUUAAAUUUGCCUUUAAAAAACUGCUUCAGUGGAGGGCAACAUUUUUCUUUAAUUAUAAAGAGUGACAUGAUGUUACAGUAGUGAAGCAGAGAGGCUGAAUGCCAACUUUCCAGUAGGAAGAAAAUGAGCACCAAUAUCCAAAAAGAGAUCAAGCAACGGCACUGCCACUCAUCCAUAAAUGUGAGCCAGGUAACCUGAGUGAGAGACUUCUUUGAAGGCAGAAAAACAAAGAAAACAAGGAGAUGGGUUCCCCUAUUAUCAUUUCCAGA